GCCCUCCCCCGCGGCUUUCCCGUAACUCCCGCCCCUGGGCGCGCGCCCCGCAGCUGAUUCAUAGCCCGGGCGCGGGGCCGAUCCUGCACGUCCGCACACGCGCCCGCCCCGGCCUCGCAGCGCGGCGGCGGCCCCGCCGACGACCCGGCCCGGCUCGCGGAGCCCUCCGCCCGCGGGACAAACAGCACGGAGGGGUUCGAUAACUUGUCCAAGACUGUAGAGCUGGCGGUGGUGGCACUGACGUCGUGAAGCGGGGGGCUGUGCCCCUGACACCGAGAGCCCUUUCUCGACAGCCCUUGGCCCACUCACGCCUCCAUCCGUCCUGCCUGCCUGUGCUGUGGUGGGAGGCACAGGGCUCGGUGCCACUGAGCGAGGACGCCUGAGCUCAGUGGACCCAUUAUGUGUUGCCACACAGCCUCAGUGGCACAUCUGGGAACAGCUGCUCCGGGCUGGGGUGUGGCCGGCUGCUGGCUGACCUAGGCUGGCCCCUGGCUGCAGCGGCUCAGAAAACCAGAACCUAUGGCUCUCUUUGCAGUCUUUCAGACAACAUUCCUCUUGGCAUCACUGUCCCUGAGAACUUACCAAAGUGAAGUCUUAUCUGAACCUUUACCAUUUACUCCUGAAUCACUGAAUGUUUCCAUCAAUUCUGCGUGCCAGUGUUUGCAUUUACAAUGGACUGUCCACAACCUUGCUUAUCAUCAGGAAUUAGAAAUGGUUUUUCAGAUACAGAUCAGUAGAUUCAACACAUCCAAUGUCAUCUGGGUGGGGAACUACAGCACCACUGUGAAGCGGAAACAAGUCCUGCAUUGGAGCUGGGAAUCCGAGCUCCCUUUGGAAUGUGCCACACACUUUGUAAGAGUGAGGAGUGUGGUGGAUGACGCCAGGAUUCCCGAGCCGGGCUUCUGGAGCAACUGGAGUUCAUGGGAGGAAGCAAAUGCACAGAAGUUGCUUGGACAUGAUCCAUUGUUCAUUUUCCCUAAAGAUAAGCUGGUGGAAGAAGGCUCCAGCGUCACCAUUUGUUACGUUUCUAGGAUUCAUGAAGAUAACAUAUCCUGUUAUUUGGAAGGUGUACAGAUAUAUGGAGAACAGCUUGAUCGAAAUGUGUCUGCAUUUGAGUUGAAGAACGUUCCUUUCAUUAGGAAACAAGGGACAAAUUUCUUUUGUGAGGUGGACCAAGGAGAUCUAAGAGGCGUCGUUCUUUUUGUCUCAAAAGUGCUUGAAGAGCCCAAGGACUUUUCUUGUGAAACCCAGGACCUCAAGACUUUGACCUGUACUUGGGAUCCCAGGAGCGACACUGGCUUGUCUGAGCAGCCUUCCCAAAGCUAUACUUUAUUUGAAUCAUUUUCCGGGAAAAAGACACUUUGUAAACACAGCAACCGGUGUGAUUGGCAAGUAGCUCAAGACUCACAAGAAAUGUAUAAUUUCACACUCGUGGCUGAAAACUACUUAAGAAAAAGAAGUGUCAAUAUUCUUUUUAACCUGACCCAUCGAGUUCAUCCAAUGACUCCCUAUAACUUAUUCCCUAAAAAUGUUGGUGCCACAAAUGCCACCAUAACCUGGAAGGUACGCACCAUUGGAAACAAUUCCACCCUUUGGUGUCAGCUUGAACUCCUUGGUGAAGGAAAAGUGAUACAACAACACAAUGUUUCCAUCAAGGUGAAUGGGGAGUACCUCUUAAGUGAACUGAAGCCUGACACAGAGUAUGUGGCCCGAGUACACUGUGCUUACGCCAAGCGCUUCUGGAAAUGGAGUGAAUUGAUUAGUCAGACAUUCACAACAACUGAAGCUGCUCCCUCAGUGGGUCCCGAUAUCUGGAGAACUGUGAGGAUGGUGUCAGGACAUCCUACUGUGACUUUGUUCUGGAAGCCACUGUCAAAAGAGCAUGCCAAUGGGAAGAUCCUAUUCUAUAAUGUAAUUGCAGAAAAUCUAGACAAGCCGUCCGAGUCAGUGGUCCUCUCCAUCCCCGCUUCUGCUAACAGCACAGAACUAACCCUGCAUCAGUGUUCUUACCAAAUCUACGUCACAGCUAACAACAGUGUGGGCUCUUCUCCUGCUUCCAGAAUUGUCAUUUCUGGAGACCCUGGAAAUGAAGAGGUUGAAGAAGGAAGAGUUAACAGCACAGAGGAUGGAUUUUCUGUGUCUUGGACACCCCAAUCCGGAGAUGCCACAGGCUACGUUGUAGAGUGGUGGUGUGACGGUCCCCAGGACCUGCCCUGUGUUCUCCAGUGGAAAAAUCUAGGCCCCAAUACGACAAGCACGGUCAUUAGCUCGGGUGCUUUUAGACCAGGGGUUCGAUACAACUUCAGAAUUUACGGAAUUUCUACAAAAGGGACGGCUCAUUUAUUAGAGGAAAAAGCAGGAUACUUGGAGGAAUGGGCUCCUUCAGACAACCCUCAAGUGGUCAUGAGUAACUUGACCUCCCACUCCUUCGUUCUGAGUUGGAAGGAUUAUUCCACUGAAUCCCAACCUGGUUUUAUACAAGGGUACCACGUCUAUCUGAAACCCAAGGCGGGGGAGCAAUGCCACCCGGGAUUUGAAAAGACAGUUCUUCCAGAUAAUUCGGUAUGUUGCAAAUACACAAUUGACAACCCGGAACAAAAGACAUUUGUUGUGGAAAACCUACAGCCGGAGUCCGCCUAUGAGUUUUUCGUCACUCCUUACACAAGUGCUGGCCACGGUCCCCUGGAUGCCUUCACCAAGGUCACGACUCCGGAUGAAUACUCCCAUAUGCUGAUACGCGUCCUCCUCCCCAUGACUUUCUGUGUUCUGAUCGUCCUGAUAAUUUGCUACUUAAAAAGUCCGUGGCUGAAGGAGAAGUGUUAUCCUGACAUUCCAGACCCUUACAAGAGUAGCGUCCUGUCAUUAAUAAAAUCCAAGGAGAAUCCUCACCUAACAAUAAUGAAGGUCAAUGACUGUGUUCCAGAUGCUAUUGAAGUCAUAAACAAGCAGGAGGGGAGCAAGAUACAGUUCUUGGGCACUAGGAAGUCCCUCAUAGAACCUGAAUUUCCUAAGCCUGCCUACCUUUACGUCCUCCCGACAGAGAAAAACUACUCUGGCCCUGGACCUUGCAUCUGUUUUGAGAACUUUACCUAUAAUCAGGCGGCUUCUGACUUUGGUUCUUCUGGCCAUUUCCCAGGAACCCCUCAAGCCCCACCAUAUCAGCUGGGACCACUGACUUCACCUGAAAAUGUACUGAAGGCACUGGAACAAAACUACAUGGACUCCCUGGAUGAAAUCCCAGCUAGAGAAGCUAAUUUGAAUUACGUGUCCCAGCUGGCUUUACCCAUGUCUGGGGACAAGAACAGCCUGCCAGCAAAUCCACCAGAGCCAGCACUCUGUUCAGAGUAUAAGAUGCAAAUGGCCAUACCCCUGGGUCCUACCUCCCCUCCCCCAAGUGAGAACAGCAGCCUCUCCUCCACUACCCUUUUAGAUCAAGGUGAACACUACCACUAAGCAGUGUACCCAUUUCAUAUCUUUAUGCUACACAGACACUAGGAGAAGCAUAGCCGGCACCAUUCCAUCACCAGAUACCUCGGGGCUUAAUCCCAGUGAGCUGUCACCAUUGGCAGGUCUGAUUUAUAUAAAUCUUGCUAGGUUUUGAAGGUCAGAAGCCAUGACAUGUAACAUUCGUCCUUGGAGCAGGCUCACUGUGGAAAUGGCAGCAUCGUGGGAACGGGCUUACCUUGCUGCUCUGUGUUCCACGUUCACCUUGGCACUUGACAGAGGGAUAGACCCCAUCCACUCAAUACUGGACAGGGUGGCUAUGGUCCUUGAAGUUCAGUUUCUAGCGAGAAAGUAUUUCCAUUAACUUUUACCCCACGUUUAGUGUCCUAAGGGUAAAAGAACUAGAUUUCAGGCUUUAAGGAAGGCCACAGAGGAUUUGUUACUAGAGCAUAAAUUGUAAUGUUAAUUUA